GAAGUGGACGCAGACAUUGUGGGGGAGCACCGGAGUGGGGCUUUUUUCAGUUUUUUUUUUAAACAUUUCGGACUUCAUCAGGAUGCUGCAAGUAUGAGAGAACACUUUGUCGCCAUGUCGGUGCUGUCUUUGAAAUUGUAAGGACCCUCUCUCACACACAAGAAAGAAAGAAAAAAGUGGAUCCGGUGACUUUACAAGCAUGAGGCACCCUUGGCUCUUUCCCACCCGGAGUGUGACUUGGGAAUACUGGACGUGGAUGCUUGCGUGUCUCUUGUGGAUUCCAUACUCGUACGGCAUGCCUCAUGUCAUCCGAAUAGGUGGGAUUUUCGAGCAAACAGAUGGACCUGUCUCGCUGGUCAGCGCAGAGGAGCUCGCUUUUAAAUUCGCCGUCAAUAACAUCAACCGGAACAGGACAUUAUUGCCCAACACCACGCUGACGUAUGACAUACAGAGGAUUAAUAUCUACGACAGCUUUGAGGCGUCCAGAAAGGCAUGCGACCAGCUGUCUUUAGGCGUGGUCGCGAUCUUCGGCCCGUCGCACAGUUCCUCGUCCAACGCCGUGCAGUCCAUCUGCAAUGCCCUGGAAGUGCCGCACGUCCAAGUGCGGUGGAAGCACCAUCCCAUGGACAACAGGGACACCUUUUACGCCAAUUUAUACCCGGACUACUCGUCGUUGAGUUACGCCAUCCUGGACCUGGUGCAGUAUCUUAAAUGGAAGACCGCCACGGUCGUAUAUGACGACAGCACAGGCCUUAUCAGACUACAGGAGCUGAUAAUGGCCCCGUCUAGGUACAACAUCAGGCUGAAGAUCCGACAGCUGCCGGUCGACACGAAUGACACCAGACCCCUGCUCAAGGAGAUGAAGAGGAGCCGGGAGUUCCGCAUCAUCUUUGACUGUAGCCACCACAUGGCCGCACAGAUCCUCAAGCAGGCCCAGACCAUGGGGAUGAUGACUGAGUACUACCACUACAUCUUCACCACUCUGGAUCUGAUGGCCAUUGAUUUGGAGCCGUAUCGCUUCUGUGGCGUCAACAUGACCGGCUUCCGCAUCCUCAACGUAGACAAUCCCCAGGUGUCCUCCAUUGUGGAGAAGUGGUCCAUGGAGAGGCAGAUACAGCCUAAACCCGACUCGGGCCUCCUGGAGGGCAUCAUGACGACAGAUGCAGCUCUGACCUACGACGCCGUCCACAUCGUGUCCGUCUCCUACCAGCACGCCCCGCAGAUGACCGUAAACUCGCUGCAAUGCCACCGACACAAACCCUGGAGAUUCGGAGGCCGCUUCAUGAGUUUCAUCAAAGAGUCUCACUGGGAAGGGCUGACUGGGAGGCUGUCGUUCAACAAGACAACUGGCCUGCGUACUGACUUCGACCUGGACAUCAUAAGCCUGAAGGAGGAUGGACUAGAAAAGGUUGGGAAGUGGAGUGCGUCGGGAGGUCUCAACAUCACAGAAGUGACCAAGCGAAAAGGGAUGAACAUCACUGAUUCCCUGGCUAACCGCUCCCUCCUGAUCACCACCAUCCUGGAGGAGCCAUACGUCAUGCUUAAGAAAUCUGACAAGGCGCUGGUCGGGAACGACCGCUUCGAAGGCUUCUGCAUCGACUUGCUGAAGGAGCUGGCCACCAUCCUGGGCUUCACCUAUGAGAUUCGGCUGGUGCCUGACGGGAAGUACGGCUCUCAGGACGACAAGGGCCAGUGGAAUGGCAUGAUACGGGAACUCAUAGAACACAGGGCAGACUUGUCAGUGGCCCCCCUCACCAUCACAUACAUGCGGGAGAAGGUGGUGGACUUUACCAAGCCCUUCAUGAGCAUGGGCAUCAGCAUCCUGUACCGUAAGCCCAACACCACCAACAACGGCUUCUUCUCCUUCCUCAACCCCAUGACCCCCGACAUUUGGAUCUACAUCCUACUGGCCUACUUGGGGGUCAGCUGCGUCCUCUUUGUCAUUGCCAGGUUCAGCCCGUACGAGUGGUACGACGCCCACCCCUGCAACCCGGGAUCCGACGUGGUGGAAAACAACUUCACGCUCCUAAACAGCUUCUGGUUUGGAGUGGGCUCCUUGAUGCAGCAAGGCUCCGAGCUGAUGCCCAAAGCCCUGUCCACCAGGAUCAUCGGCGGGAUCUGGUGGUUCUUCACGCUCAUCAUCAUAUCGUCCUACACGGCCAACCUGGCAGCGUUCCUCACUGUGGAGAGGAUGGACUCGCCGGCAGACUCGGCGGACGACAUCGCCAAGCAAACCAAGAUCGAGUACGGGGUGGUGCGUGACGGAGCAACCAUGACUUUCUUCAAGAAAUCCAAGGUGUCGACUUACGAGAAGAUGUGGGCCUUCAUGAGCAGCAAGCACAGCACGUCACUGGUCAAGUCCAUCGAGGACGGCAUUCAGCGGGUGCUCAAGUCCGACUACGCCCUCAUUAUGGAGUCCACCACCAUUGACUACAUCACUAGACGCAACUGUAACCUGACGCAAGUGGGGGGCCUCAUUGACAUGAAAGGCUACGGGAUCGGCACCCCCCUCGGCUCGCCGUACAGGGACAAAAUCUCCAUAGCCAUCCUGAACAUCAUGGAGGACGGACGCCUACACAUGCUGAAGGAGAAGUGGUGGAGUGGGAGCAGCUGCUUGGAUGACGAGCGCAGAGAGACGGGCCCCAUGGGCAUCCAAAACCUGGGUGGCAUAUUUAUCGUGCUGGCAUCUGGCCUGCUGCUCUCCGUCUUUGUUGCCAUCGCCGAAUUUGUCUACAAGCUGAGGAAGACAGCGGAGCGUGAGCAGAGGUCUUUGUGCAGUGCCAUGGUGGACGAGAUCAGACUGUCGUUCACCUGCGAGAGGCGGGUGAAACACAAGCCGCAGCCCCUGGCCGCGGCGAAGACGGAUGCAGUGAUCAACAUGCACGCCUACAACGACCGCCGUCUCCCAGGAAAGGACAGCCUGAGCUGCAGCGCUGGGAUGACCCCCGUCUUUCCGUGACCCUGUGCUCCCCGCAGGGCAAAAGCCUCCUGAGCAACGUGUCGGGGGCGGUGCCCGAGACCAGAGACAAUGGCAUCGACGGAAUCCUCCGGUUCACCAUGAACCACCACAGUGACAUGGGGACACUGACCAAACAUGGACAACUCAAAAUGGCA